GUAGUUCCAUUUCAAAAGAAAAAACUGUUGGGUGAAAAAAAAGUACAUCGAAAACUUCGUCAGAUUUUUCAAAUACUAACUUCCCUGGACUUUUGGAGUAAUUUGAAGUCAAUUGAGUUUCGCCUCAGCCGGGCACCUAUUGGAAAUGGGAACAGCGCCAUGGAAGCAGUUGCUUCUGAAUGCCUUGGAGUCCAAUUCCACCCUCAAGCACUCUUCCUUCUUCCAGCUUGCAACUGUCGGAUCUAACGGCAGACCCUCGAAUCGUACCGUGGUUUUCAGAGGGUUUCAAGAGAACAGUGAUAAGAUUCAAAUAAACACUGAUUGCCGUAGCCGCAAGAUUGAUGAUCUCAAGCAUUAUCCAUUUGCUGAGAUAUGUUGGUACUUUACUGAUUCUUGGGAGCAAUUCCGGAUUAAUGGAAAAGUUGAUGUCAUUAACGGGUCGUGUCCUGAUCCUUUGAAGCUUCAGCAAAGAGAGAAAGCUUGGUUUGCUAGUUCUCCAAAAUCAAGACUCCAGUACUUGGGGCCUAAUCCUGGUUUCCCCUCACUUGAUGAAAAACCAUCGCAAGAGUUUUCUUUAGAUCCAUCAGCUGGCCCAGUUGAUGCAUUUUGUUUGCUAGUUCUUGAUCCAGAACAGGUUGAUUACUUGAAUUUGAAGAUCAAUGACAGACUAACCUUUACGUCUAAACAGAAUACCGAUGGACAGAAGUUUUGGUCCUUGGAAAGAAUCAAUCCAUGAUUUUUAUGUUGUGAUACUGACAUUCUGAUAUAUGAAUUAUGUGGCAUUACAUAAACGAAUUGUUGACGACUCGGUUGUGCUGUUGAAUUGGAAACUUUGAAGUACUGAACUGUUGGACGCAGAAACAGAUUCAUUGUGAAUUCAGUUCUGUUUUUGUUUUGCA